AACCUCUGCAGAUUGCAGCUGGAGACACACAGUGAGUGAUGGAUUGUUCAGAAGAGGUGCAGUCUGUGUGUGAGGAGCCCAGCGCCCAGCUGGAGCUCAAGAAGGGAAUGUCCAUCUUCAUUGAUAUACUGAGGAGGGCAGAUAAAAACGACGACGGGAAGCUGUCCUUUGACGAAUUCAAAUCCUACUUCUCCGACGGCGUCUUGACAGCUGACGAACUGAAGGAGCUCUUCCACACGAUUGACACCCACAACACAGACAAUGUGGACACGGAUGAACUCUGUGAAUACUUCUCCCAGCACCUCGGUGAAUAUGAGAAUGUUCUCGCCGCCUUAGAAGACCUGAACAUGUCCAUACUGAAGGCCAUGGACAAAACCAAGAAGGAUUAUCAGGAGUCCACCCACCUGGAGCAGUUUGUGACCCGCUUCCUUCUGAAGGAGACGACCAAUCAGCUUCACUCGCUUCAGAGCUCCCUGGAGUGUGCCAUGGAAACCACGGCUGAGCAGACUCGCCAGGAGAAACAGGGUCCGCUGAAGCCCGAGGUUUUGUCCAUCCAGUGGUCGGGUCGCCGCUCCAACCGGAGGCUGCAGAGGAACAGCAGCGUCUCGCCGAACAACCCCCUGCUCAGCCUCGUUAGCUCAGGUGUUUAUGAUGAAGACAGCCAGUGGUUGAUCCAGGUCAACAGACUGCAGAAGCUUAUUGACCGCCUAGAACAAAAGGACGUCCGCCUGGAGCCAGUGGAAGAGGAGGUCCUGGAGAGCAAAUCGCACAUCCUGAUCGUUCAGAGGCAGCUCUCGGUGCUGGAGGAGGAGCUGGACGAGUUUCGCCUGGCUCUCAGGCAGUACAUGGAGUGUGCCUGUGCCCAGACCGGAUGCCUACACAUCGCAGUUCAGCGGCUGGCAAAUGAAUCACGCUUCAUUCUCUAUGAAUUCUGGGAGCACAACAACGUGUGGAAGAAUCAUUUACAGACCAACUACAGCAAAACCUUCCAGAGGGGGAACGUGGACUUCCUGGAGACCCCCGAGACCCUGACCACCAUGCUGGUUCCUGCGUCGUGGUGGGUCCUCAACAACAACUGAAAGGCACACAUCAGGAAG